AUGAUGGGUUCUUUGCUUACGAGACCACUAUUGAUGGUUUUCGGAUAUGUUUAUCCAGCAUAUGAAUGCUUUAAGACGCUGGAAAAAGAUGAGCCAGACAUCGAUCAGCUUCUGUUUUGGUGUCAAUACUGGAUUUUACUUGCAGCCCUCACAGUAUUUGAAAGAGUUGGAGACCUGUUUAUGUCAUGGUUACCCCUGUAUGGUGAAGCUAAGUUUGCAUUGUGCGUCUACCUGUGGUAUCCUGGAACAAGAGGAACAACAAAUGUGUACAGUUGUUUUCUCAAGCCAUGUAUCGCCAAGCAUGAGAAGGAGAUUGAUAGCAAUCUGCUACGCAUGAAAAAUAGGUUGAUGAUGCUAGGGAUGUUGCUUUGGCAGAAGGCUGCGUGUUAUGGACAGACUAAAUUCUUUGAGAUUUUGCAGUUUGCUUCUUCUCAGCCAGGGUCAAGGUCUCGACCACAUACCGCUCAUAAUUCCAGGGGGAAGGAAAACUAA